UUACCCGAACCAACAACUGUGACCGUGAUUCCUGAAGUUACAGCCCCUCUAAAAAAGAAGUGCAAAAACACCAUGAAAUUUUCGCCGAAUGCGCAGGCUGUGCUUAUGGGACAGAAGCUGAGCCAGGCGAUCAACGGUGGCUUCGGUAGUGGCAGUGAGGGAGUUCAGCAAUUUAACGAAGGCAUCGACACUCACAUCUGCAAUUACUCGGAAUGA